CUCCCCCCGUCUUCGCUUGCUCUUCUGGGCAGCUCUUACGUCGCAUCAGGUCCAGGCCGAGAGCUACCCGCCGAUAUCCUUCCGCCGACCUGCAGCACCUUCCGUGUUCUUCAACCACCCGCUUAAUUAAUUGCCUUACUUCAUUGCGCCGCAACAUCAUCCGCGCCUUUCUUCCCCUCGCCCAUCUUGCGACCUGCGAACUCCCCCUCCGCCUUCUCACCUCCCAGCUCAGGACAUUGAGAGACGCACACCUCCACCCUCCCCAGUGUGCCCACCUCUUCAAUUGUCCUGUUCCCCUCCCAAACCACGUCGCCGCUUCGCAUUCAUAGGCAACUCGAGACCAUGCGCUGGAGGUUGCGAUUCUGCAUUCCAUCUCCGUGAGACCCUGGCAGCGGGGUAGCCUCGUCCCAGCAGCUACACCCGAACAAGCAGCUCACCACCGAACCCAUCUCCGACCGCCGCAAACCGACAAACCCCCGUAAACCGUGACCGAUCUCGACGACCAUCUCGACGACGUCACCGCUUGUGCUGCAAGAACUUGUGUAGCUGCAUCUGUUCGCCCUCUGGUAUCAGGCCCUGCGCCGCCUCGAUUGCCGCAGCUGCCAACAUGCCUCGCACCACCAACAGCAACAACAUUGCUCGCGCAGCUGCUGUGUCCCGGACAGCCUCGUCCGGUUCCUUCCACGCAGGCGCUCCCAUACCGACUCUUGGAAACAUCGAGUCCAGCCGGAGGACCACGAUGCGACGCCAGUCUACUCAUAGAUAUCACACCUUUCCGACACCACCUCCCAAGACCCCCCGCGAGCAAUCCUCGGCAGAGCUUUUCCCACAUUCCGAUGAAGAUUCCGAUGCCUCAGACGACGAUCACCGGCAGACGCCUCUACCUGUUAAGCAGCUUGCUUUGCUUGCCUUCCUCUCCUUGAGCGAGCAGACUGCAUUAAACUCCAUCGGCCCUUACCUGCCUCAGAUGGUCGAGUCCUUCGCCGAUAUACCCGACUCUCAGACAGGUCUGUACGUCGGUAUCCUUGCCUCAGCAUUCGCCCUCGCUCAAUUAUCAACGAACCUACUAUGGGGCUACCUAUCAGACGUCGUCGGUAGAAAACCGACCAUGGUUCUUGGCACCUUCAUGUUGGCAUGCUGUUUUGUGGGCUUCGGCUUCUGCAGGACCUACUGGCAGAUCGUAGUCGUUCAUGUGGCCAUGGGUAUGCUCAAUGGCAACGCUGCCGUGGUUCCCACCGUCUUAGGCGAAGUGACGGACCGCUCUAAUCAAAGCCGGGCCUUUACAUGGCUUCCCGUCAUCUACUCCCUGGGCGGCAUUACGGGUCCAGCCCUGGGCGGGUUGCUGGUCGGUACUAUGGGAAAACGGUACCCAUAUUUGGCGCCUAACUUGCUGAGCGCAGGGUUAUUGUUCAUCAGCGUGAUUGUCGUCGCAAUCUGGUUCGAGGAGACACUGGAAACCUUGGAGCCGGAUCACGCAGCAUGGAUUCCUGCCUGGGCGCGCAAAGCUUGGUCCUGGAUUUCGCGAGAAGCGCAACCGCGCAGAGGCUCAUGGGCCACCCGCUGGCCUCGCCGCGGAUCACAAGCCGUGGUCAGCACUGACGACGACGAAGAAGAGGAAGAAGGAGAUGACGAGGAUGAUGCGGGAGAGGAUCAAGGGUUGCUCCAGCAUGCAUCUGAAAACGAUGCUCAGGCCGACGAUGACGCGAAACUCCCGGGCGACCUGGCGACAUGGCGUCAACUUCUGAACCGCAAUACGGUUCUCGUACUAUUGACGUACCUGGUAUUCCAGCUGUCAAACAUCUCCUACAACAGCUUGUACCCGAUUUUCGCCGAUGCCAAUCCUCCAACUGGGCGCGGUCUUCCGCCAAGCAAGAUCGGUAUCAGUCUCAGUCUGGCCGGCGUGGCUACUAUUGUGUUCCAGGCUUUCCUCUUCCAGCAUUUGAAGACGCGGCUGGGAAACCUGGGGACCUACCGCAUUGCCUUGCUGGGACUGGCCGUUAGCAUGGCCCUGAUGCCCUGGAUUCCGUACUUGGACGACGAGCCGCUGUUCGGUAUCGGCAGCGGUUCUGCCUGGCUGUACGCGGAACUCGGCGUUAUCCUAAUUAUCAAGAACAUCUGCGCCGUGGGCGGUCUGUCUAGCGUCAUGCUCCUGAUCACAAACUGUGCACCGAAUCAUGCUACUUUGGGAACUUUGAACGGCAUCGCCCAGACGCUGUCCGCCGCGGGCCGCAGCUUUGGGCCAUUCGUCUCCGGCUCCCUUUUCACGCUCUCCACGCGUGUCCAUCCCAAGGGUGAGGCCCUAGUCUGGGGCAUAUUCGGCGGUAUUGCCCUCUUGGGAUGGAUUGGCUCCCUCGCCAUCCGCAACCGCGGCCUCGAGAGUGACGAUUGGGUCGGCGAGGAAGAUGGCACUGACGGCGAAACUGAGCCAUGAGCCAUCCCACCGACGUUUGCGCCAAGAGCAACACAUGUUAACCCGCCGGAUUUUGUGUUUUUAAUACGGUCGGAAAAUGUUUCGGAUAAUCAUAGCAUUGGGAAAAGGUCGGAAAUGCCUGGUCAAAGCGGAUAUAUUUGCAUCAAUAGAGAGGGGUGGAACCAGCUCACCCUCUGGAAGAGGACGAAGAGGCAGACAGCUACACGGUAUAGAUUUAAGAGGCCAGUACCGGGCCCAGACUCGUUAAUCUCAAGAUUUGAAUUGGUCUUUGGA